AUGUUUCUCACCAAAUGUCUGCUGCUCGCCGCGGCGAGCUACAACGUCCUAGGCGCAACGGGCACGGAACACAUGAGACGAGACUUGGGAUCGAUCCAAGCCUCGCUCGGAGGCGUCAACACGGCGCUCGCGAGCCUCGACAGCGCCAUCAUCAACAACGCAGCGAGCCCAAAGGUCCUGAUAAGCAGCAUGAACGUCCUCCAGACAAUCCAGCAGGCGACAACAUCCAUCAACGCGUCGCAGCCCCUCAGCCUCGCCGACACGUCGAACCUCAAGGCCACGACCGACAGCCUCGUGUCCAACGUCAACGUCACCAUCACGGACCUGAUCAACCAGAAGCCGGUGUUUGACGCCCUCAACCUGGAGAAAGUGGUUCUCAUCCAAGUGCAGAACAUCCAGGGCGCCGCCCUGGCGCUCGCGUCCACCCUCGCCAACAAGGUCGACCCGGCGGCUUCCAGCCUCGCCGUCGACGGCAUCUACGACCUCACCACUGCCCUCCAGAGGGGCGUCAUGGUCUUUGAGGGGAACACCGCGGCUGCCAGCACCGCGCCGCAGCCAGCCCCGGCGGCUCCUCCACCAGCUGCUUCUCAGGCUGCUCCUCCGCCGGCUGCUCCCCAGGCCGCUCCUCCGCCGUCGAUUGCGCCGCCACCAAGCCCUCCGCCAUCAAAUUCUCAGCCACCCAGCCCUUUGCCCUCGAAUCCCCCGUCAUCUAGUCCGCCCAAAGGAAGUAUUGGUCCCGGACCCUAUACGAUGAUGAUGCCGAUACCCGGCACGUUUGAGGCGGGGGUGACUUGUAUCUGUAUGUGCCCUCCGGUCACAGCUUGCGGAAGCUCAUAG